CUCCCGCGCCGUCGGGGCUGCUUCCCCUCGAAGGUGGCGGGGAGGGGGCUGGCGGUGUUCCGCGCCUCACGUCCCCACCGGGACCCACAAACUCCUCCUGCCCUCCUCGCCCCGAGCGUCGGGGCUGUCCCGGGACCCCGCGGGACGGGAAGCAGGAGGCGCCCGGCGGGUGAGCUCCGUGCCCUGAGGUGUGUAACGGGCAGCCCUCGGGAGCGGCGGGGCGGAGAGGGCAACAGCAGUUCCAUCUCUAAAAUAAACAGUUCCCAGCAAUGAGAGGCGAUAUAAUAUUGCCUUAUCUCUAAAAUACCCUCAGCCUUCGCGGGAGGGGGGAGGCCGGAGAGCGGGGCCUUCCCGGCUGUUCUCCAGCUGGUGCGUAACCCGCCCGUUCCCGUCACCCCGGGCCGUGCCCGGCUCGGGGAGGGGGAGCAGGUGACAGCAACCCAACUGCUCGGCCAUGGAGCGCUGCCGGGAAACGCGGCACCCGCUGUCGUCCUGGCUGCUCGGGCAGGGCAGGGACCCGCUGCUGCCUGCACAGCCCGCCCGAGCCGGAGGAGCGGACUUGCCCGUGCCCACACCGUCCGAAUAGCCCCGGGCAGCGAGCCCGCCGCGCCAAACCAAACGGAUCCAUCUCCUAAUUUAGUUCAUAAAAAGUACAAACUCUCCAGUUUGUCCAGUUUAUGCUGUGCGAAACGCAUGUGGUAUUUAAUUUUUUUUUUGCCGUGCAUUCUGGGACGACGCGUUGGUUUUCCCCGGUGUGUUCUCCGCGCUUGGCUGCAGCCCGGCAGUGCCGCGGGUGUGCGCGGUAACAUCAGCCGGUGGGACCGCAGCGGCAUCGCAACACCGGCGCCAGCGGCUCCACCUUUUCUGCUUCCCGAGGUUCAACAGUGUGACCACUCUCUUGAUUCAUAUACUCACAGCAAAGCCUUCAUCUCUCUCAUGGAUUAUAGAUCUAAAUUGAUGGCUUCAGUAACAGAUGCCAGAUUCAGGCAGAAAGAUACUUCAGACCAAAAUUUUGAUUACAUGUUCAAGCUCCUGAUCAUUGGCAACAGCAGUGUGGGUAAAACAUCCUUCCUCUUCAGAUACGCCGACGACACCUUCACUCCAGCCUUUGUGAGCACAGUGGGAAUCGACUUCAAGGUGAAAACAGUUUACAGGAAUGACAAGAGGGUGAAGCUGCAGAUUUGGGUUCCUGUCUCUCACAUGCCCCCAAAAUUCAGCUCUUCUCUGCAAGGAUACUUGGGAUAGAAGAAGAUCCAUGGCACUGGAAGUGGCCAGAAGUAAUCCAUGGAGGUGGGAAGAUGUUGGUGUAAUUGGGAGGAAAAUCCUUGCUGGUCAAAGGUCAGUGAAGAGAGAAGUGUUCUCAUAAAGACUCAGCAGGACUCCUGAAAGGCCUUGGCAUGCCUCUCCCCUGCUUCAAAAUCCUGUGAUGAGCUUUCUCUCCUCCUUUUCUGAGCUGCCCCUCCAGCACGGUCCAUCUGGAGUGACAGGAGCCUGCUCUGUGAUUGGCAGGGUUUAUUACUGUUGAGCAAGUAAAGAAAUGGAAGAUGAGCUGCUAAUCUCAGCUGAGCUCAGACAAACCCAAAAAACCUCAACUCCUACAGCAGGGUACCUGGGAGCAGAAUCUGGAUCAGAUGCUCUUUCCGAAGUUACAUUGGAAAACUGUGCCCAGAAAUUAUUUAAUUUUCAGAUUGUGGGAACUAUAAUGAAAUAUGAAUAACAAGCUGGUGACUCCUGUGAACAAAGAAAUUCUGAAAAGUCCUGUGCUGGUUUAUUGCAGCUUCCCACACAACAGGAUGAAUGAGUUUGCAGCAGGGAAAGUACAGGUCUGUGUUAAAGUGUUCAAUUUUGUGUUGAAAACACAAAGCUAGAAGGAACAAUAGUAUCCUGGUUACUUGUGAUCCUAAUCUUCCUUACAAGAUUGUAAAACUGUUUACCCUGGCAGUAUCAAGUUAAUAUAGCACAUUCUUUCUGAAUUUCUUGUUUUCCCUUUUAUUACAACAAUGUGUUUGCAAACUCUCUGAUGUUAUAUGCUGCUAUUUGAAACCUUGUGAUCCUUUCAGCAAAACAAAGAUGCUAAUUAAAAGUAUUUUUACUACUGUGCCUAGUUGAUUUUGUCAAGAAAGUUAUUCACUUUCUUUGUUUUAACAAUCCUAUUAGCACCUGAGAAUUCUGACCUAAGCACAGUCUAAUUGGGACACAAUGUGAAGCCUGUGAUUGUGUUUCUCUUUUCAUUAGAAUAUUUCAUUAAUUGUAUUUUCAUCAGUUCCUCCUGGAAUCUGAGUAUGUCUGCAGAAUGGCUUUUCAGUAACCAUGUGGAUAUAGAGGUGGUGACAACUCUGCUUUUCCAAAGUGUGGAUAUGGUUCUCAGUGCAGUCUGUGCACUAAAAUCUGCAUUACCAUGUUAUGAAAUUGUCCAACAUUCAGAUUAUGUCACAAGCUGACAAAUAGAAAAGCUCCAAGAGAAGGAUGCUGCUGCAUGCUAGAAACCUCUGACACACAGCAUCAAAUCCUGACCUGAGUGUCUUGCACACAUGAACCAAAUGCAUCUUUGUCUUUGAAUGUCUCAAGCUUUACCAGAUUUUGUCAUUAUUUUGUGGCUGCUGAGUUUGGCCGAACCUCUGGAAGUGACAGAAGAAACUCUGCACAACGUGUAAAAACCAACCAAGCGAAAACCCCACAACCAAAAAAACCUCAACCCACAAGCAGAUGCAGAGGUCUGUGAUUACCAAAACAACUAAUUGAGGUGUUUUCCCUCCCUUUUAAAAAUUUGAAUAGUGAAAUGGGUACAAGUCCUAGACCUAGUGAGAGCAGACAGAAUUCUUUGGUCUUACUGCGUGACAAGGAUAAUAUCACUUUAUCAUCUGCAGAGUCUACGUACUUUGGGAAUUGCAGAUUUAGAGAGUCAUUCAAGCUUGAAGGAGAGAAUGCCUGAAGACCUGCUGAUCUCUGUCACAGAUGAACAGACCUGUCCCCUGCCCAAGGAAGCUGCUCGUUUUGCCUUUUUUGAAACAAGCCUUGUAACAUCCUGGGAUGAUUGUUGUACUUAACUCACCCAAAUACAGCUCAUCUUUCCAAGGGUUUAUGAUAAGCCAGCCUUCCCAUUACCUUAUUUUGCUGCUCUUUUGGCUCAUUUCAGCUUGUCCCUUGUUCCUCAACUGUGACAUGUUACAAGGUGUCUCCUUCCCUGAAAUGACAGAUCCCAUUCCCUCCAGAAAAGUCCCAGUCUAUUUCUAGUUUCAUCCCUCCCAUUUUCUUUCAUGGGCACAGAGAUUAACCUAUCUGUUUGCCAGGUGCACCUUGAAUACCUGCUGUUUUUCUUCUUUCCACACUGAAAUGCCACCUCUUCCCUUUCUGAAGAGCAGAGCAUGGAUGUGGCACUGAAGCAAGUGUGGAUGCGAGGUGGUUCCUGCAGCUCGUGUCAAUAAGCUGUUUUGAAAGAGGGGGCAUGUGUGGAGGUUGGUUAUGUUUACAUCUCAUUUCAGGAGAUAGACUGCAGCUCCCCUGCUCACUAAUUAAAAGGAGGUAAACAUGUUGCCUGUUCUUAUCUAAGAAUUUUUAUAUAACAUUUGCUGCCUGUUGAUGUAACUGCCCUAAUGAAUGCAGAGUGAUUUGAUGUAUCAUUAGUGAUGUGGAUGGACACUAUGAGAUUAGAACAGUGUUUAUUCUUUAUCAUCUAAUACUUAUUGCCUGACUUUUGACUCUGGGAAGAGUACAUAACAUGGAUGAAAUUUUCCUGCCUAUUUACUUUUGCCCUACUUAAUGAGGAGAACUAGAAUCCAGGAAAUUUUUAGUCACUAAGCAUCAGGAAGACUGGCAGAAAGAACUGAUUAAAAGUUGCAAAGACUCCUUGUUGAGGGUUAGAUUUUAGGACUCCCUUCUCUCAGCUGGAGGCGUUGGCAAGAGAUGAGCUCUGAUGUUACCACAGAGUUUGCUGAAAAGUCCUGCCUGAGGCUGAGAGUUAUGGGAGCUCUCAAUUUGUCCUGGUAGGACAAGGGAUGAAAUCUUCCACUUCCCCUCCAGGCUCCAUAGGAAGAACUAGCAAAAGAACACGUCUAAACAGUUUUGGAUAUUAUUGUGGCUUUCAUAAUUUUUCAACUGACUCGGAAGAUGUAAAGAAAAGCUGUGGUCAAGGGAAAUUACAUCCAUGGGGAAAAGUAGAUGGAGAAAGUAGAUCUGGGUGCCAUGUGAAGAGAGACUUGUUUUUUCCCUUCAGUUCUUUGUAUUAAUUUUAUUAGUGCUUUAAAUAGGGAUACAUUUUGUUCUCUGAACUCUGUUCUUCUGACAGUGGUGUUAGUGAUAUGAGCAUAGCAAUGAAACAGCAACUGCUCCCUGAAGACCAGGAAUCACUCUCUUCUGCAGAAUGGGCAGAGACUGUCACUGCCUGAAUCUUGGGAUAAAGCAUCAGGGUAAGCUCCAGACAGCCAACACCAAAGCUUCCCCUGCUGCUCUGAAGCCUCCAAAAUGGUGUUGAGUUAUAAUACUUUGAUGUCAGAAUAAGGCAAAAUAGCAGCAGGCAGCAAGUGCAAUUGAUUUAAUAGUAGUUUCAUAAUGUUUUGAAGCAGUUAUGCUGUUGCUGAAGUCAUGUCCCCUUUAGUGAAAAUGUCUUUUGCUCACUGGCACAUCUAAUUCUGCUCACUUAUGCUUUGCUCCAAAGUUUGCUUUUGCACCCUUUCAGUCCAGAGGAGUGGUUUGGGCAGGGGUGGGACAAAAACCAAGUCCUAAGAACCCUUUCUUUAUCUCUGUCACAGUAAAUAACGUGUGUUGCUCCAAACAUCAACUUGUUGCACCUUCUCCAGACACAUCACUCAGCUGCACAUGAAAGCAGAGCACAGUCUGCCCAGAGGUUGCUGCUUGCUAGGCAGGCUGCUUUCAUUUGAUAAAUAUUUCAGUGUGUGUUUUUCCCAGUGUAACACUACUAAUUCAUUCCUAAGCUGGGAAGUGUUUCCAGAAGUGUAAGGUAAUGGAGUGUAGAUCAGCUCCCUUUCCUGAACUGAGCCAGGGGUCCAGAGAGUCUUAUUUCAAUUUUCUGCUGGCAGAGGGCCUGGGUGAUUUAGGAAGCAGCAUAAUGCAUGAACUUGUGCUUGUAUUGUGCCUGAUACUGUGAUUGCUUCAAUUACAGAUUGGUUGAUAGACC